UUUUUCUUUAUUGUUUGGCAGCAAACAAAUUCAAAACGCGAUCUUAACCUAUUAUUAUUAACAAAUAGUGGUCCAGUAGGUCGUUUUAACGUUUUAGUUUUACUUUUAAGCUGACAUUUUUAGCAUGUGGAUUGAGGCAUUCAAUGCGAGAACGCAAUUAAGAUCCGUUUAGCUGCGUUAUUCACGCAUUCGUCCAGCAGUUGUUUUUUUUUUUGUUUCGCCUCGCCGCCAAUUUUUACGAAAUCACAAACUCGCGCGUCCCGUAUAAAUUUCUAUAAAUAUAACUGAUUGGCCAGGCCAGCAUUGCAACAAACAAUAAAGAGACAAUGCCUAACACGAAUAACAACAUAAAUAGCGAUAAUGUUGCACACGAAUUCAAGGGCCUAAUCUCAAAGCUCAGAGAGGGAGUCCAUCCCAAGGACUCGCAGGAAUUGAUGGAUCGAAUGGUGCCCCUUGCCCUGCAGUAUAUACAUAAAUAUCCCGAUAUAUUUGAUAGUUCGCCGCCAUUGCCAGAGAUUAUUUGCUUGGAUAAGAUUAUGACCAUAUUGGAGUCGAAUCCGAUGUGGGGAGAUGAAGACAAGCCUGGCUCAGUCUUCCACGAGCAUUACGUUGUGGCCUCCUGUGAGAUUGAAGAUCAUCGUACACGAGAUCUGCUAUCGAACCUCAUAUUGUUUAGUCUGGAAAAUGAUUCUGUGUAUGGAAAGGAGGAUAAUGAACAGACGGGGCCAAGGCCACGCUGCAAAACAGACAUCACAACCAGGAGCUCGUGCAGCAGCAUCCUUCACUCGAAUAGCAUAGGCCUCAAUGGCAAUAAGAAUGGUGUGUCCGUGAAACCCUGUAGCUACGACUCGACACAAAAUAGCGUUGGAUUAGGCAGCGUGCCCUUGCCCAACUACAUUAUGGAGAUAACAAAGCAAAAUAGCAUAAAUACCGAGCACAAUGUUGUGCAGAAUGCGAUAUAUUCAUUUCUAGGCGUACAGGGAAAGUAUCUUAAGAAGGAUGUUAUUACAGGACGCUUCAAGCUUGAUCCGCUUACCUUGAAGUCCAUUUCGAGUGUGCAGGCUGGUAUGCUGUUGCGCCUGUCCGAGCUAGGGUAUUAUCAUGAUCGGGUCUCCAAAUUCUCCAAUACCAUGACUGGCUAUAAUGCGAUGGGCAGCAUGGGUCAGGCAUUUAUGGCGAAACUAAAGUUGGAACUGAGUGAAUUUCAUGGCCAGGUGGCGCUCUUGCAGGACCAGGUGAACAUGUUUCGACAAGCGCAGAUGCGAGACUAUGUCGAUCGCGAUCAAAGCUGGUUGGACAGACAGCCCGAGCAGCUUACGCUAUUCAAAUUACUCUGCUGGUAUAUGGAGCCACUGCGUCGUAUGCAAUGGCUUACGAAAAUUGCCGAUGCCUGUCAACUGAAGAAGGGCGGUGAUCUGGCAUCCGUUCUCUAUACAUUUCUUAACAAUGGUGAUCCCAUGGUCAAUCAAUUGGCCAACGAUCUUUUAACCGUGAGCUGUGCCCCAUUGGUGCGCAUGAUCUCAAAGUGGAUGCUCGAAGGAGGCAUUGAGGAUACCCACGGGGAGUUCUUUAUCGAAUCACUUGAUGAGGUUGGCGCCGAUCGUCUGUGGCACGAUAAGUUUCGCUUGCGACACAGUAUGUUGCCCAAAUUUGUGACACUCGAGCUGGCCGAUAAGAUACUGAAAACCGGCAAGAGCAUUAACUUUUUGCGUGAGAUAUGCAAGGUAGAGGAAGCUGUCAAAGAUCGCAAGGAGCUGAAGUAUGUCAUUGAUAAUCAUGUUUCUCACAUCUUCUCAUAUGUGCCAGAUACGACCUGGCAUGCGGCCAUUGAGACUUGCUAUUCGCAGACUUCCAAACAUGUGCUGGAUAUUAUGGUUGGACCACACAAGCUUUUGGAUCAUCUGCAGGGCAUGCGUCGCUAUUUGUUGCUUGGCCAGGGCGAUUUCGUCAGCAUAUUUAUUGAGAACAUGAAGGAUGAGCUCGAGAAGAUUGGAACUGACAUUUACUCACAUGAUCUCUCCGCAAUGCUGGAUGCCGCUUUGCGAUGUACCAAUGCUCAGUACGACGAUCCAGAUAUAUUGAAUCACUUGGAUGUUGUGGUCAAAACGCCAUAUCCCGGAGACUGCGGUUGGGAUGUCAUCUCACUCCAAUACACGGUUCGCGGACCAUUGGCUACCAUGCUGGAGCCUGCAAUGCCUACAUACAAAGCCCUAUUCAAGCCACUUUGGCGCAUCAAGCACAUGGAAUUCGUAUUGUCUACGAAAAUUUGGAAAUUACAAAUGGGCAAUGCCAAGGCACUGCGCUCGUUGGACGAUGAGAUAUCCAAAGCCACCUAUAGAUUGCACCUAUUCACAUCGGAAAUUAUGCACUUCGUUCAUCAAAUGCAAUACUAUGUGCUCUUCGAGGUGAUCGAAUGCAAUUGGGUGGAACUGCAGAAGCGAAUGCAACAGGCAAAGGCGUUAGAUGAUAUACUCGAUGCUCACUCCAAAUUCUUGCACGCCAUCAGCAUUGGAUGCUUUGUGAACACUUCGACGAAUAUGGAAAGUCAUUUGGAAGUGGUUUAUGAGAAUAUCAUUUCGCUGGAAAAUUGGCAAGCCAACUUUUAUAAGGACUGUUUUGCCGAAUUGGAAGCACGUGAGCAAAUGCAAAUAGCAAUUGCUGAAUCUGAAGGGAGCGGACACUUCGGAUUGACAACGGAGCAAAAAAUGGAACGCGACCAGGAGCGCAAGAUAUUUGAACAAAAGAUCUUAACAUCCUGCCGAACACUUGAAGGCUUUGCCGGCUCCUAUGGCAAAGCCGUUGGUGGCUUUUUGCUGGCCCUUAACUCAAGUGAUGAUCCCAAUCUGCAGCUUUUUGGAACACGCCUGGACUUUAACGAAUAUUACAAGAAACGAGACACAAACCUUAGCAAGCCGCUAACCUUCGAACACUGGCGCAUGAGCAAUGUAUAUGGUAAUGCCAAAAGCCAUAUGGGAGGCCGCUACAGUAUGCAUCCGCAAACAACUUCACAGUUCGGACAUCAGGGCCAUACAUCACUAUCUUGGGACUAACGUUCAGUCUCCCAACAAACACGCCAACCCAGUGCCAACAACAACAAUUGCUUGAACAAUAUGAAACGUGAGAAAACAUUUACUUUGACUCGAGGAUCACAUUUGAAUGUCUUGACCACAAAUUGUUGCGAUGUCUUGUAGAUCGCAGUUGUUUCUAUUGUCAUUUAAUCUGAUAAAAAAAAUAUUUAGCCACUGCACGCUAGCUACCUGGAUCUUAAAAAAUAGGAAUAUUGCCAAAGUAUCUCUAUGAAAUUAUUCGUCUACUUACUCAAGUCUUGAUAUUCUUUGAAACAUAAGUAGAUAAAAAAGAACGCAUAUUCUUUUUUCUCUCUUAUGUAAUAAAGCACAAUUGUAUACUGUGUCGAAAGUAUUAGAAAACUCAAAAUUAUGUGGU